AUGUCCAGGGGACGUCUCCAACGGUUUCGCACCGUGAUCAGGCUGUCCGGGAUUGUCGAACACACCAACCCGUCGCGAAAUGAUCCCUCCUACCGGCUCUUUGGCGUCAUGCCGAUGCUCGCCUUCGUCGUCUUACUGCGCCAAGUUACCUUGAUGUUACACAACGACAAGAAUCUCGCCGUCUGCCUCUGGACGCUGCGUCGCUCACCUAUGGGGACACGUCCAACGGACGAACGUCGGGCCACUUCCUCAAAUCUACUCUCUAAGGACUGUGACGUUGGCAGGCAAUGGGACGCAGACAAUGAUCCACGGUACACCUUCACGCACGAAAAACUGCACUGUAGUGGACCGUUACUGCGGUUUGAUGCUUGCUGGCGGAUGCUUUGCCCUGUCCUGGCGAAAGAGGCCGUGAACGUCAGGCAUCUCGACAAACCUAUGAUCUUCGCAUGA